CCCCGGCCACUGGGAUUGGCUGGCGCCUCUGCAACGCGCUUCGGGAUUGGCUGUGCCGCGCUCUGCGCAGGCCUUGGGGUGGCGGCGGCGCUGCCGGCGUCCGGCCGAGGGAGCAAUGGGUCAAGAGGCUUGUAAACCUGCUUGGCCUAAACCAGCAGGAGGAUAUCAGACUAUUACAGGCAGAAGAUACGGAAGAAGACAUGCUUAUGUCAGUUUUAGACCAUCUUUGACCAAUCAAGACAGAAAUGUGAACCAGCACAGUGAAGAAUGUGAAGGAUUAGAAUUAGAUGAUGUUCCGAGGCAGGAGUCUUUAUGUUCCAGUCCGUUGGUUCCAGUUUGUUCUGCUUUAUCAGAUGAACCUUUGAUAGAAAGUGCUGGAUCUGAAGUUCCUGUUUGUCGAACUAUAUUGAGCCAAACUAUUGCAACAAAUGACUUGCCAUUUUCUCCAUUUUGUUACAAUGUGGAAGAAGACCAAACCUCAGGAAGCAGUGUAAAUUCUGAUGAAAAGCCUGAGGAUUGUUCAGAUUCUGUUUCUGGAGAGAGUAAUGAUCUGAAUGGUCAAAAUGGAAUUGCUUUUGUAAAUAUUGACUCUUAUGAGCCAGAUAGCAGUGAUGGAGAAGAUGAUGAUGAUCAAGUUGGUGUUUCUUUGACAAAAGAGGAAGCGGAAACACUUCAAGAAAGUCUUGAUAACAUGAUUUCUGAGUUAGAGAAAGGGGUAGAGUCCUUGGAUGGUCUGCAGUCACGAUUGUCUACUUUUAACCAGAAUGCAUCUAGAGAAGGUUUGGUAGAACUAGAAUCAGUGCCUUUUAUGAGGUGUUCUAGCAUAGAUUCAGACCUUGCCCAUCAAAACAAUAGGACACUUGAAAAAUCAUCUGCAGAUGAAGCUGCCCUAAAAAAUAACUUAAGUAGUGCUAGUUUUGAAACACAACAAAGAAAAAAUGUAGCAGAUGUUGUAAUCAGAACCCCUGUAGGAACUUGUAAUGAAUCAAAUGCCAAUGAUGGCAAGACUGAACGAGGAAAUUCACCUGAGCUAGUUGUGAGGCCUAAAGUUAGAAAACAGAAUGCUACUAACCAGUUGGAUAGAAAGAAGCUGCUAGUUACAAGUGAUGAUGAGGAGAAAAGUAGUACUAGAAGGCGGAGUGAGAUUGUUGAAGUCCAGCAAGGCAGUGGAGAUUGUGCCUUCCGAAAUGGCAAAGAAAAAAUGAAUUCCAGUAUAUUCUUUGACCCAAAGGACUAUGAAGGUGCUCAGAAGAAAACAAAAAGUGAUCUAAUAAAAAAUGUAACUGUUCAAGAAAGAAAAAAUAUAUUAGAUGAUAGCACGUUCUGGGAUGAGUUUGAAGAUUGCAACAGACAUUUAUCUGGGUCCAACAAAGAUGAAGACAGCUCUGAAUGCAGUGAUGGGGAAUGGUCUGCCUCUUUGCCCUCCUACUUUGCUACUACAGAAAAAGACCAGUCCUCCAGUGAUGAGAGCUGGGAGACUCUUCCAGGCAGAGAAGAACAUGAACCUGAAGUGCAGAGCAACAGUAGUGGCUUAGAAGAAGAGAAUCCAGAAUUCUGUUUCCAAGGAGGGGAACAGAUUCCUUUGGAAGAAGGAGAGAUUCCUUGGUUGCAGUACCAUGAGGAAAUUGAAAGUAGCAGUGAUGAGGAAAAUGACCCAGUUAGCCAUUUUGUGCACCCAGGAUUCUUCAUGUUGGAUGGGAACAAUAAUCUUGAAGAUGACUCCAGCAUGAGUGAAGACUUAGAUGUGGAGUGGAGACUACUUGAUGAAUUUGGUGAUGGCCUAGCAGUUGCUCAAGCCAUUUCUUAUGUGGAUCCUCAGUUUCUCACAUACAUGGCACUGGAAGAGCGCUUAGCACAAGCCAUGGAGACUGCUCUGGCACAUUUGGAAUCUCUUGCAGUUGAUGUGGAGCAGGCUCAUCCACCAGCCAGUAAAGAAAGCAUAGACUGUCUGCCGCAAACUAUUAUUACAGAAGAUCAUAAUGCUGUAGGUCAAGAACAAUGUUGUGCUAUCUGUUGCAGCGAAUAUGUGAAAGAUGAAAUAAUAACGGAGCUGCCCUGUCACCAUUUCUUUCACAAGCCCUGUGUAACUUUGUGGUUACAGAAGUCGGGAACAUGCCCUGUAUGCCGUCAUGUACUUGCACCUGUCCUCCCUGAAGCAGCCGCCGCUUCCUUCCUGUCUGAUCAUGAUUCCCCUCCCUCAGUCCACAGCACUUCAGGAACACAAUAAAAUAAGUAUCUGAAAUGAGAUUUUGAACCAUCAAGCUAAAAAUGUUGUUUGUAUUCCACUUCCUCUCUCUACCGCCCAGAAGGAAUGACAGGUAAUCUGCAGAUUCAUCACUACUGGGGCUCCACAACAUAACCUGGGAUUCAUCUUAGUGGAAGGCUCAAAAAACAAGCAUGCCAGUUUAAGUACAGCCCACGAGGCCAAACAGGAAGAAUACGAUGACUUAGAGGACUGGAACAAUAGAGUUCGGGAUGAAAUAUAGCAGUACAAGGUGUAAAGUUCUGUACAUUGGGCCGAAUAACAUCAGAUGGGAAUGAUAUCAGAAAAGAAGACCUGGUUAUGUUAAUCAAUAAUGCAACCAAAAGUUGGUGUUUCUCUGGAGGAACCACUGGAGACUGUGGCACAGCAGAGUCCAAGGUAAAGGGAAGGGGCCUUCUACAUCUCAUUCCUUGUGUAUCUGUAUAAGAUGCAGGCAAAAUGCUGUCACUAAUACCCCUGAGCACAUGCAGUGGUCUAGCGCUGUAAGCGGGCACGGAAUAGGGCCCUGUCCAGGUUCUGUAGUGGGUGGUAUGCACAUCCCUAGUGGAUGCAGGGAAUUCAGUAGAGGGAUCCCACCAGAAACGCUGAGACAUCCUGAGCUCCCCACGUCCGAAUGUCGCACAGGACCUUGAUUUGGCUUCUCUAGCGUUCCAGAGCAAGGGUGCUGUUUUACCCGACAAAGAAGCAUCAAAGGUUACUCAAAUUAAUAAUAUCAGUGACUGUCAAGAAAAUCCCACUUACCCGUUAAGGCAAAUUUGGGUGCAAGAAACAGUGACGUACUUGAAAUAAAAUCUUGUUAAUUAGAUUUAAUUCCACUUAAUCAAAUGCAAUGUAAUGCUUUUAAUCAAAACUGUUACAGAUCAGAGGCCUGCUGGUAUUUGGUCCACCUGCUGAGGUAAAUCUAUAAAGCCUUGUUCCAAGUGUUCAAAAAAAAAUCAGUCAGUUAGCGAAGGAUGGACUAAAACGCCACACAUCUAAGCUUGCAAGCCUUGGAAUAUGAGAAGAAAACUAUAGCGCUGGAAAAGUGAAAGGUUAUGCUGUGUGAUGUAAGGAAACCUGGCCUCUUAAAAUAAAGUGGAGGAAAACAAUGAUUCAGGAAUAUUAGGAUGUUUUGGAGAGUUCUGAGAAGCAUUAACUAAAGAGCAGGUUUUCUCACUGAGGUUCAAUAGAAAAAUGUGAAAGUUAAUCAGCUGGAAUUGGUCUGUCGGCCGCGACUGAAGCGAAGUGAUUCCCUGGGUGGGCAGGCGCUGGUAGUUACACACCGGUCCCUAAGGAUAAAGAAUAGACUGAUCUAUGUUGUAGUGACAGACUUGGACAGGCAUAUUUCAUCUACCUAGGACACCUUUUCCACAUUAAAGCCAGUUAUCUUGAAGCCUUUAGUCAGAUCAUAUAGUAAUCACAGAGCCUGGACUAUGUGUUCAGUUGGACUGUCUAGUCUCUUUGAGGAUGUGAUUUAUACUUGCAGUGUUAUCUUUGGGACUUCUGAAUAUUUUGGGCCAAAUGAAACCAAAGAUGAACUCAGCCUUUGUUUUUGAGGAACAGUUCUCCAAGAAGCAUACGAGGAUUGUGGAGAGAGGUUCUGAAGAAGGUGGAAGGGGCCGAAGUCACUUCUGGAAAUCUUACAAACAAAUUCUGUUGGCAUGUUAUAGUGGUCCAACCCUGCUAUUGGCCAUGGGGCUGCACUACAUUAACAUAAGAACAGAAUUUGCCCCAAAUCUUUUUUUUUGAUGUCCCAAGCAUGUAGUUUAUAUAUCCCUAAUCUUGAGUUUUGUUCUGCUUCUGCAUUUAUCUGCAUGCAUACAGGUAAAAUGGUUCCUCCUUCCCUUUGUCUUGACAAUUUGAGCAAGACUGAACUGACAUGUCUGAGCUGGCUGUUCUAAGAUGGCUCUCUUCCUGUGCUAUGGAGAAUCCCGCUCUGUAUAUAGUAAUAAUCCAACAGCGAUCUUUUUCUCUCUUUCUUGUCCAUCAUCUUUUUUUCCUUUUCACAAGCCUCCUUGGCUUGAACUGCUGGUGGUUUUUAAUGUGGAAGCGUGCUUUUCUGUCUCUUCUUGCACAGCUCAAGUUAAGUAAAAUGGGACAGCCUGUAUAUUUUACAGCCACUUCUAAAAUUGUAUCAGGGCUGUAAACAGCGCGAUGGCAGUCAUUUAAAAAUAUUGCUCCAAGCACCACAUGCCAGCAGCAGUUCAUGUUUCAUGAAGCCAGGUGAGCUUAAUGUGCCUGAUGCCCUCCUGCAGGCAUUUUCAGAAUGGGAACUCAUCUCCUGAGCUCAGCUGUAUGUAAAGCUGUCCAAUUGAGCUUAUGAUUUGAAAUGGUUUGCAAACUGUUUGCUUUUACAGGUGCAAUGUGGCACACAGUUUGGGGGGUGGGGGGGAGGAGUAUGUAAAACGAUGAUCUGAGCCACAGGUUUUUUCCACCUGAUCAGUGUACUGGUUUUAGCCUACUUCCUACCAGUCUUUUUAUUCAUAUUACUAAAUUGUUGCAUAUUUUAGCAUGAUAGACACUCGCUGAUCAAGAGAGAAAAACACAGGGAUAGCAAGAGAUCUGCAAAUCAAAAGUGAAAUACUCUGACAGUGAGCGAAAGCUUCAAAGCAACUGCCUGCAUCCUCUCUCUGCUGCCUAGCCAGCAUUCUGAAUUAGUUCUCCAGUUCCAUUUGCAAAACUCUUUUAAAACCACUAACAAAAGUGCUCCCUUUAUUAGAAAGUUCCAAAGGCUCUGCCUUAGUGAUGUGAUACUACAUUUGAAGAACAGCCUUCAAAACAUGGUCAAUAAUAAGAAAUCUCCAGAAAAAGAAGUGAAAGAAGUCAAAACUGGAGAGGCAAUUCUCCAGUCUCUGUCUCUACACACAAUUCCUUCCAGAGUAUUUCAAUGGGAUCACAAUACACAGAAGGAUGACAGGAUGUUACUGAGACGACAACUGCUGCAUUUACCUGUAAAUGGAAUUUCCCCUUAAUACACAAUUUGAAAUGCUGAGUUGUCCCCAAAUGCUCAUAAUCUCAAAUGACAAGUGAACUCAAUAUGCAUAUAACGAUCGUGUUUGUUCCUUUUUAAACAAUUGUUUGAACAGAACGUAAUCAAAGUUGAUUUUUCUAGUAUCAAAGCUCCUCAGGGAAUUAAAGAACAGACUACCUUGAAUUAGACAACAGUUACAGAUGAAAUCUUGAGCCUUCAUUUGCUCUCCCAGCUCCUAUAGUAGUUAAAGACUACGUCCUGUGAUCUCAAGCAUCUGCUAGCCAAGACUCGUUUCUUCACGUCGCGGAAAAAAAACAUCUACCUACUGAGCAAUACUUAAUAUUUUACAGAAUCUGGAACAAUUUAGCAAAGGAGCUCAAUGGGAUUCUGGAAGUAAUGGAUCUGGCAGUUUCUGAGAGACUAAAGGGAGCAAAGAUAAGUGGAAUUUAAACAGAAUUGUAGACUCUUAUCAUGAAAAUUUAAAGAAUGUGAACUUUCUGCUAAAGUGUGCUGAUGAUCUGAAAUCACAUCGGCCCUUGAGAGAGAUCUCUUAGAGAGGUGCAUAAUUACCAGCCUGUCUGGGGCAGCAGAAUCCCUCAAGUUAGCUUUGCUCUCCUUUCUCUGCACAUGAUGAACCUCUCACCAGUCUGAGUCCCAGAAGCACUGUGAGACCAUGCUACCAUGAGCGACCACAAGUUCUGUCCACGUGGUAUAGCCAAUGGGGCAGGGGUGGGUUGGGACGGGGACUUUUCAGUAGCAGGGCACACACUGGGGAAAAAACCAUACCCACAUUUUUGGGUUUUUUUCCUCCACUAUCCAUCUUCCUUCCCCCACAUGUUUUCAGCACCUAAGUUGAUUAGAUGCCAGGACAGACAACUAUUUUUGUGCAAUUCCUGUUUGUUUUUUUAAUCUUUAUCGUCACCUCUUUUUCUCUUUUCAAAAGAAGUGUUGCUACUGCAUACAGCACUCUUGUUGUCAUGCUUACAAGCUGUUUCUGAGCCAUCCCCUGCACAAACAUGCUGCCAGCAUGAAGGGGAGUGAGAGGACUGUGACAGCAUGUGAGCAGAGGGAUCUGCAGUGUGACCUUCUGCUGAUUUUUCUGCUUUUUUGAGACCACAAGGUGAGAAACCAGGAGAAGAAAAUACCACGUGUCUAGCUUCAACCUGGGCAGGCUAUGUCCUAGGCUUUUAAAAAACAGGAGAUUAGAGACCACACAGGGAAAGGAGUUCAGAUCUGAGAUGGAGGGGGAAUUGGACCACAGUAGCUGUUAGGGCUAAAAGCAAAAACAAAGCAGAAGAGGCAGCUCUUUAUGAACGAAACACUGGCAAAACCUAAAAUCAAAGACAAAAACAGGGUGCUUCAGAGUGCCACACUAUUUGGAGGGUUAAAAGUGAUAGGUCUGUUUCAGUUAAUGCUUAACGCAUUGGAUUAACGUUGUAGUUCCCAAAAGGCCAAUCAUGAAAUGCCCCACAGGGUGAUAAACACAAUCAACACAAUUAUUGAACCUAGCAUUUAAAUCUGGUUUUGGGUUUCAAGGUAGAGAUUAGUAUGCUGUGCUGUCUUGUCAUUAAAAAAAAAAA